AUGAAACGAUGGAAUGUGUGUCAAAUUCUAUCAAAGAAAUUCGAAGAAUUAGGGAAGACAAUAAGCACAGAAGUCACUUGGUUUAUAACUAUUCCGUUAAUAAUUACUGUCUUCUUAGCAACUGGAAUUCAAAGAUUAAACUUUGACUUUACUGAUGACUUAUAUAUACCUCGAGGUAGCGUUAUUAAUCGCUAUAAAUUACAAUUAGAAAACAUAUUUCCUAUGAAUUAUUCUGAUUUUGAUCCAAGCAGAUUAUUACAAGUUGGAAAUUACGUGUCUGUUAUAGUUCUAGCGGCAGACGGAAGAUCCAUAUUCAGACAAAACAUUUUUAACGAAAUAGUGCAGUUAGACGUGAAAAUUCAUAAUAUUAGCGUGUAUGUGGACGAAGAAAUGUGGCAUUAUCAAGAUCUGUGCUCCACCGAAUCAGGAAAGUGUUUAGAAAAUAAAAUAAUAUCAAUAGGCGAUCGAAUCAAACUCAUUGAAAACGGUACACUUUAUCCAAAAUAUCCUUCCGAGCAAAAUAAAACCAUCGAAAAUGCCUUAUCCUUGGGAGGCGUUAACGUUGACGAGAACUUGAAUAUUGUCUCUGCAAAAGCACUCAGAUUGAUCUAUUUCCUCUCCAAGAAAAAUAAACGCCACGCAUUAAUUACUAAAACAUGGGAAGAAAAGUUUAUUAAAAUAAUCGGAGAAGCAAAAUUCAAAAGUAUCAAAGUUGAACGAGAUGCAUCGAUCUCCAAAGAACAAUUGAAAAAAGAAAAUAUUUUCGUUGGCUUCAAACAUAUUUCUCCAGCUUCAAUUUUAAUUUGUAUUUUUACAAUAGUCACUUGCUCGUUUCCAGACUUACGUGAAAGCAAACCGUGGACGGGAAUAUUGUCAAUAAUAGCAACAGUAAUGAGCGUCGUUUCUGGAUUCGGCGCUUUAAUAUAUAUUGGAACUGCCAUGUCUACAAUUAUGAUAAUUGUACCCUUUUUAAUUUUGGGCAAGUACAUUAUAUUAAAGAAUAUUCUCUGCUGUAGAAAUUGA